UUCAUUUCCAUUAUUCCCAUCAACCCCACUGUUUAUUGGCCCUAGUUCUUCUGUCACUCUCAAUACCCCUUCCACCUUUUUCCUACCCACCCCCUUUCUCACUCACUCACCCUACAUUCCUUUCCAAUGCUACUCAAAUUCACCUUCACUCUUCUUUCACUAGAUCUCUCUUCAUUUUCUAACUAGGUCACAAGGUAAACCACUUUUCUCUCACUCACAGUAGAUCCAAAUUCCAAACCAUAGCUUCUCCAAGUUUAUGCGAACAAAUGGAAGUGCCGUUAGAGUCUGAAAAGAAAAAAUCUUCAGAAUCCAUAAAAAUCGCUUCAACCGGUUCGGUUUCAACGAGAAAGAAAGUGGAGACUCGGAACAUUCCAGAAUCCGGUUCAGCUACAAAGAGAUCCGGUUCAAUUGGUUCUUCUGCAAGUUCAGUACCGAGAAGAAACAGUACCGGAGGGUUACCGCAAACGCAACGGUCUUCUUUAUCAUCAGAUGGAAGAAUCAAACCUGCAACGAAAACCGUUAGAGACAAAACUGUUACUGAACCAGUGCGAAAAUCUCUACCGGAGAUUCGCCGGAGUUCCAUUUCCGCUUUGCAUGCCGGAAAACCGGUUGCGGCGACUCCAGUUGGUUCCAGUUUGAGGACGUCCGCCGUGUCUGGUUCGGAAGUUGUUAAGAAGCCGUUGAGUAAGCCGGCUUUGUCGAGGGAUAGAGUUGGUUCUUCCACAGUGGAUGGUUCCGUUAGGAAGACUGUGGGGAAGGUUUCGUCGCAGUCAUUGUCGGCGCGGUCACCAACUGUUUCUGGUGGAUUGAGGGCGGGGUCUGUGUCAUCGUCUUCGGAUAGAAGUUCUGGUUUGUCUGGAAGGAGGAAAGUGACGACGACCCCUGAUAGUCGUAACUCGCGGUUAAUUGUUCUUCCGCAGAUUGAGGUUAAAGCUAGUGAUGAUUUGAGAUUGGAUCUUAGGGGACACAGAGUUCGCAGUCUCACUGCCAGUGGAUUAAAUUUAUCCUCAAACUUGGAGUUUGUCUAUCUCCGUGACAAUCUCUUGUCUACAUUGGAAGGAGUAGAAGUAUUGACAAGAGUGAAGGUUCUUGAUUUGAGUUUUAAUGAUUUUAAAGGGCCUGGAUUUGAGCCUCUUGAGAGUUGCAAAGUACUGCAGCAACUCUAUCUUGCUGGAAAUCAAAUCACAUCAUUGGCAAGUCUCCCGCAACUUCCUAAUUUGGAGUUCCUUUCAGUAGCUCAAAAUAAGUUGAAAUCUCUCACUAUGGCAAGUCAACCUCGACUACAGGUCUUAGCUGCCAGCAAAAACAGAAUUUCUACACUUAAGGGUUUUCCAUACUUACCAGUUCUUGAGCAUUUGCGAUUGGAGGAGAACCCUAUACUGAAGAUGCCACAUUUGGAAGCAGCCUCAAUAUUGCUAGUUGGGCCUACUUUAAAAAAAUUUAAUGAUAGAGAUCUUGCUCGUGAGGAAAUGGCAAUAGCAAAGCGAUACCCUGCACAUACAGCUUUGUGCAUUAGAGAUGGUUGGGAGUUUGGUCGCCCUGAGCAAGCUGCAGAGUCAACUUUUCGCUUUCUAGCUGAGAAAUGGAAGGAUCAUAUUCCACCUGAUUUUUUUCUCAAAGAAGCCUCAAUAGAUAAACCUUUGGAAGAAGAUGUGUGCCACAGUCACUUCACAUUUGUUCAUGAUGGUGCAAUGAGCACAGACCCACCGUUAGUCUUAAAAUAUCAAUGGUUCUGUGGUGAUGUAACACUUUCAAACUUUGUCCCCAUUCCAGAUGCCACUGAUGAGUUUUACUUGCCAAAACAUAAUGAGAUUGGAAAAGUUCUGAAAGUGGAAUGUACUCCCUUUGUAGGAGAGACAGAAUAUCCUUCUAUAUUUGCUAUCUCUUCUCGUGUUAAACCAGGGAGUGGAAUUCCAAAAGUUGUAAGCCUUGAAGUCCAUGGGGAACUACUAGAAGGGAGUAUCAUCCGGGGUUGUGCUAAAGUUGCAUGGUGUGGUGGGACUCCAGGAAAAGGUGUUGCUAGUUGGCUGCGGAGGAAGUGGAACAGUAGUCCGGUGGUUAUUGUUGGGGCAGAAGAGGAUGAGUAUCAGCCAACCAUUAAUGAUGUCGAUUCCAGUUUAGUUUUCAUGUACACACCAGUAACAGAAGAGGGUGCCAAAGGAGAACCUCAAUAUAAAUAUACAGAUUUUGUAAGAGCGGCUCCCCCUUCAGUCAGUAAUGUUCGAAUAGUUGGAGAUGCUGUUGAAGGAAUCACCAUUAAAGGAGUUGGUGAUUAUUUUGGUGGACGGGAAGGACCUAGCAAGUUUGAAUGGUUACGGAAGAACAGGGAUACUGGAGACUUUAUGUUAGUGUCAGCCGGUACAUCUGAAUAUACCUUGACCAAAGAAGAUGUUGGUUGUUGUUUGACUUUUGUAUACAUACCAAUUAAUUUUGAAGGUCAGGAAGGAAAAUCACUGUCAGCGGUGUCUCCUGUUGUAAAACAAGCCCCGCCAAAAGUAACAAAUGUCAAAAUAAUUGGCGAUGUACGAGAGAAUGGAAAAGUCACGGCGACUGGUAUUGUAACCGGAGGAACUGAAGGAUCUAGCAGAGUUCAGUGGUACAAAACAUAUUCGUCAACAUUGGAUGAAAGCAAUCUUGAAGCAUUAAGUACUUCUAAAGUUGCUAAAGCUUUCCGCAUUCCUCUUGGAGCUGUUGGCUGUUACAUUGUUGCAAAAUAUACACCAAUGUCUCCUGAUGGUGAUUCUGGUGAAUCAACAUUUGUAAUAACUGAUAGAGCAGUUGAGACUCUUCCCCCCAGCUUGAAUUUCUUAUCAAUCAUUGGAGAUUACAGUGAGGACGGAAUAUUGACCGCUUCUUAUGGAUAUGUUGGAGGUCAUGAAGGAAAAAGUAUAUACAGUUGGUAUAUUCACGAGGUUGAAGGUGAUUUUGGUUCUCCGAUACCGGGGGUUUCUGGACUUCUGCAGUAUCACAUUACCAAAGAAGUUAUUGGAAAAUUCAUCUCAUUCCACUGUACUCCAGUACGUGAUGAUGGUGUUGUGGGUGACGAAAGAAUUUGCAUGGGCCAGGAGCGCAUUCGCCCUGGAAGCCCGAGAUUGCUUUCUUUACACAUAGUUGGAAAUGCGGUUGAAGGAACAACACUAAGAAUUGAAAAAACGUAUUGGGGUGGUGAAGAGGGAGAUUCAGUUUACCGCUGGCUUAGGACCAGUUGUGAUGGUGUCCAAAGUGAAAUUAUGGGGGCCACCACAGCAUCAUACAUGCCCUCAAUUGAUGAUAUUGGUUUCUAUAUUUCUGUUUCUUGUGAGCCUGUCAGAAGUGAUUGGGCUCGUGGACCCAUUGUUCUCUCUGAACAAAUUGGACCAAUAAUACCUGGUCCACCAACUUGUCAUAGUCUGGAAAUUUGUGGAUCAAUGAUAGAAGGACAGCGCUUGAACUUUAAUGCUGUGUAUACUGGAGGGGAGAGAGGAGAUUGCACCCACGAGUGGUUUAGGGUACAAAACAAUGGUGUACGAAAUAAAAUAAGUAGUCAAGCAGACUUUUUGGAUUUGACUCUUGACGAUGUCGGUGCCUGCAUUGAACUUGUCUACACACCUGUGUGCAAAGAUGGAACUAAAGGCAUCCCAAAGAACGUGGUAUCUGAUGUGAUUUCUCCUGCGGAUCCUAAGGGAAUAGAGCUCAUAAUUCCUGACUGUUGCGAAGCAAGGCAGGUUACCCCAAUGAAGAUAUAUUUUGGUGGACAUGAAGGAGUUGGAGAAUAUAUUUGGUACCGAACAAAGAUUAAGCUUGAAGGAUCUGCGCUACUAAAUAUAUCUAAUGGUUCUGACAUUGUGAUAUGUGGGACAGAGCUAACAUAUAAACCCACUCUAAAAGAUGUUGGAUCUUUUUUGGCCUUGUAUUGGGUACCAACUCGUGCGGAUAACGCUUGUGGAGAGCCAUUGGUUGCAAUUUGCAGUACCACAGUUUCCCCUGGACCUCCAGUGGUUGCUAAUGUACGUGUGAAAGAGUUGUCUUUGGGAGUUUAUUCCGGUGAAGGUGAAUAUUUUGGUGGAUAUGAGGGAGAAAGCAUUCUUAGCUGGCAUAGAGAAAAUAGUGAGGGGAGUGUUGAACCGGUCAAUGGGGCAAAUUCUAGAACCUACGAAGUUACUGAUUCAGAUUACACUUGUCGCUUGUUGUUUGGAUAUACUCCAGUUCGUUCAGAUUCAGUUGUGGGCGAACUCAAGUUAUCUGAUCCAACUGACAUUCUUUUCCCAGAGCUUCCAUAUGCAGAGAUGCUUGCUCUGACAGGAAAGGCAGUUGAAGGUGACAUACUUACAGCUGUUGAAGUGAUUCCAAAUAGUGAGAUGCAGAAACAUGUUUGGAGCAAGUACAAGAAAGAUAUAAGAUACCAAUGGUUUUGUUCAUCAGAAGAGGGAGAUAGUUCUUCAUAUGAGCCAUUACCAAAUCAAAAUUCUUGCUCUUAUAGGGUGAAGUUAGAAGAUAUUGGUCGUUGUUUAAAAUGUGAAUGUGUUGUAACUGAUGUGUUCAGAAGAUCGGGUGAGGUGGUAUACAUUGAGACAACACCUGUAUUGCCAGGGAUUCCUAGAAUACACAAGCUGGAGAUCGAGGGAAGGGGAUUCCAUACCAAUCUCUAUGCUGUUCGUGGCAUUUAUAGUGGUGGGAAGGAAGGAAAAAGUAGAGUCCAGUGGCUUAGAUCAAUGGUUGGAAGUCCUGAUCUCAUCUCUAUACCAGGAGAAACAGGCAGAAUGUAUGAAGCAAAUGUUGAUGAUGUUGGCUAUAGGUUGGUGGCCAUCUACACUCCUGUAAGAGAGGAUGGAGUAGAGGGCCAAUCAGUGUCUGUAUCCACAGAUCCAAUUGCAGUUGAGCCUGACGUUCUUAAAGAAGUGAAGCAGAACCUUGAUCUGGGAUCAGUGAAAUUUGAGGUAUUGUGUGACAAAGACCAAAAAAAGAUUUCAUCAGUGGGUACGUAUGAGAGACGAAUCCUUGAGAUUAACAAGAAAAGGGUUAAGGUGGUGAAGCCUGCCACCAAGACUUCUUUUCCAACUACCGAAAUUCGUGGUAGUUAUUCCCCUCCGUUUCAUGUGGAGCUUUUCAGAAAUGAUCAACACCGUCUAAAAAUAGUAGUGGACAGUGAGAAUGAAGCAGACUUGAUGGUGCAGUCCCGACACAUUCGGGAUGUUAUCGUUCUUGUUAUUAGAGGACUUGCUCAACGAUUCAACAGUACUUCCCUCAAUUCCCUUCUCAAGAUAGAGACAUGAUUAUUUUUUUAAUUGAAACUUUGUAUAGUCGUAUUUGAUUUGGGAAACCAAGUUUCUGAAACCAGUUAUCUCAAGGUUUGCUUGUCCUGAGUGAAAGUGUUUUGACAUAAUAGUUAUUGAUGCCACAAAUUUCAGGCCAUUAAUUAUUAGAGCCGUGCGUAACAUGAGAUAAUUACUAUUUAUGAGUUUCACAUUGUGCA